AUGUCAACGACGUCCGGCGGCAAGCCCCUGGUGACGGCCAUCACCAAGGACGCGGCCACCAAGCUGUACACGGCGCCGCUAAAGGACGCGCAGCCGCUGGUCCUCGACCUCUCCGGCCCGCUCCUCUGGUCCACGUGCGCCGCGGCGCACCCAAGCUACGAGUGCCACCACGCGGCGUGCGCAGACGCGCAAGCGCACCACCCGCCGGGCUACCCGCGCACGGGCCACGACGUGGCCGACGAGUCCAACCCGUUGCGCUGCAGGAUGGAGUCUGCAGUUUUUGUUUGGCCAAUGCAUAUUCUAACUGCACUCUAUAGGGACCUGGUUGGAAGGGGCAGACGAGGACAUGGUUUCAUGAUUGAGCAUAACAAAUUGGUUGAAAAUGACGGAGAGCUGGACAAACUUAAAGUAAAGAUCCAUUGUAGAACGACGCUAGUGCCAGGUGUCCGCAUAGACCUUGAAGUUUCAGGAGAGAGUAGAAGAGGGUUUGACGCAGAUUGUACCGCUAUCAUCGCAGUGGUUGAGGCAUUGAGGAUGCAGUAUGGCAUUUUCCCUGCAGAUUACAGUUAUGCUGUGAUAGCAGAAAAGAGGGGGAUCUUCAAUGAAAUGGGGGCAGCUCUUGAGGGGUUCAUCAAUGCAUAUUUCGAGAUGGAUGAUUCUAUUGCUGGAUACCAUAGCUCCAUAAUCAAUUUAACAGGUGCAUUAUCAAACUGGUUAACUAACAGCCAUACGACGGCAAGAGUAUACACAAAAGCAGCAGUAAGAGCUAUGAAUGUCUGGGCAACAAAAUGUGCAUCAGCAAUUAUGAAAGAAAGAACAGUGACUACAAAUGUAGUGUCAAUGCUGUCAGCUAAGGAACCACCUCCUGCUAGUUUAGUUCGUAUGGACAGGACCGCACCUAUGCCAAUGAAGCUGGAUUGGGAGGCAUCAUAUCAAGUGAUGAGGCUUGAGUUUGACACGGCUAUAGCAAAACUGGGGAUGGAAGUGUCCAAUAUUGAUGUGUCUGGGCUUGCUAAUGGGAAAUACACUGUGACACUGUUGCAGUGUCGUGUGAGCCGCAUAAGUUCACGGCCGAAGCAGAACACAGUCCAGUGGCUGCAAAAGCUAAACUCAUGUUCACAGCUCUUGGGUACAUCAACAAUGUGCUGGGAUACAGCAUCAUAG